UGAACGGUCAAACUCAGUCCACACGGAGAGCUCGGCUUGGCUAGAAGCUACCGGAGAGUCCUGGUCAUCAGCGAUCAUUGAUCCAAGGGACCUGUCAAACGCCGGACAAUGUUCUUGGCGUAACGUCGAUGUGCCUCCGCGCGUCGUUCUCUGAAGCUAGACUGUUGGCUGGCCCACGCUGGACUCGAGCUGACUCCGUUUCGCAAAUUCCCGUGCGCGAAUUAGUGAGGAAUCGUUCGUGAAGCAGUGAACGCUACACACCGUUAAGCGUGUCCGAUUCCAUUGAUCGCAGGAUGAGCGGGUAGCUCAUUUUGGGCUUAGACCCAAGAUACUGGAACGCCGUUCCCGCGAUCACGAGAGCAGUGCUAGUCGACGUACAACGUGCCCGACCGACGUUCGAGAAUGACAGUACUAAGGAUGACCUCGCCGGUGACGCCUGCAUCGACCAGUCCCGACUCGUCAGACGAGGCUCAGGCGCUGCAGGCAACCGCCAGACCGACUCAUCGAUUGAGUUUCUCCGUCGCGGCCCUCCUGGCGGACACCAGGAAGACGUCGGAGCCUUCAACGACGUUGAACAGUCUGUUAAUGUCAGCCAGAUCGUCGCCGAUCGUCUCGUACUCGCCGCUUCGACACGAGCCACGCGUCACCGUCAACUCGUCGCUGAUGCUAAAGCAUCCCUAUGAAUUCAAGACUUCCCGAUACGCCCUGUCGUCAUCACCCAGCCUCAAUCAAGAGAGCAGGCUGACUCAUUGCGCGUCUCCUCACGGUGCUUCGGAUUCCAGAACGCCACCGAGGUAUCCUGACACGAUCGAAUUCGACGGCAAUGUCGAAACUACCAGCAGACGACUUACCUCAGCAAGUGUGGACUACCGCGUGCAACUGGGCACCGACACUAGGACCACUCCGGAACCCGUAAUGGGUUGUUCCGCGUCCUCAAGGAUCAGCCACCAAGACACGGGUUCACAAUCACCCCGGAGUAGUUCACACGGCGAGACUCGCUCGAGAUGUUCGGAAACGGAUGAUAUCGAGGAAGACGACGAGAGCAGUUUGGUGGACGUGGAGGAUCUUCAGAACCACGCAUCCAGUCCGACUCCUGUUAGGCCAACGCCAGCAUAUCUCGGGGGAUUUUCUACCCUCGGCGGCAUCCCCGGUAUCCCGCCUGGUCUUCAUCCUGCGGUUUGGGGUGGCGGACACCAGAACGCAGCUGCAGCUGCUGCGGCGGCCGCCGCGGCGUCGGCCACGUUUUUCCCUUCGCACUUCUCUCAUCACGCUCCUCUAAAUGAGAACGGCGAGCCGGCCAAGAUCAAGUGCAACCUGAGGAAGCACAAGCCCAACCGUAAGCCCAGGACGCCCUUCACGACCAAUCAGUUGCUGGCCCUCGAGAAGAAGUUCCGGGAGAGACAGUACUUGAGUGUCGCCGAGAGGGCGGAGUUCUCGUCGUCGUUGAGCCUCACGGAGACACAGGUGAAGAUCUGGUUUCAGAACCGACGCGCCAAGGCGAAGCGUUUGCAAGAAGCGGAAAUCGAGAAGCUGAGGAUGUCGGCCGUUAGGCAGCAUCACACCGCGCUCUACGGCUCGCAUCCGGGAAUCUUGACACCCGCCGGUCUUUAUCCCGUAGGAAUGCUUUCUCAUCCCGGCUUGACGCCUCAUCACGCGAUCGCCCAGCAUCCCGCGAGAGAAUGAGACUAGCAACGCACCACGGGGGCCGAUGAUACCGGUUAGGAACAGUUGGAACUAUCUGUCAUCGAAUCGUAACGCGAGAAAUGACUUGCGGGCUACAAAAAAAAAAAAAAAAAAAGAAACGACUGGACUCGAAAAUCGGAAGAUCACGGAUCGUUAUCGCGACGAGAUGGAGAAACUUUAAAGAAGAUCGGUCGUUGAAAUGUCUUCGAUCACGUGUCUCGAGACGAUCUCACGGAGAAGGAUCUCGUUGGCGACUUUAUGUGCUGCAGUAUUAGAAAGCGAGAGUUUUUUUUCGAGUCUGAUAGCAUUGCAACUUGCGUCUUAGCUCCACACAAUAAACAUAAUACAUUACUUCUAAACGCACAAGCGUGUAAGUUGGCUGAAGCUGUUUUUACAUGUUUCUUGCGGUUUUAGAUCGUGUUAUUUAACACGUUUAGGACGUGUAAGUUGUAAUUUAAUACACUUGUUCAGAGUGACGUGACUUAAAACGAUAAGAAACACGCAGAAGGAAAUUUAGCCAAAGUAAUACACUUGAAUUUGCAAUGUGUGCCAAUGUCGACCACUGUCUUGAAGAGAGAGAUCGGGAGUUUUUGUAAAUAUAUUGUAAAUAUUGUCGAUUCGCAGUUAAUCGCUCUUGUAUAUAAACGACUAAUGGACUAUUGCGGAAAUGGCGCGGCGUUAGUGUCGCAGCACGCAAAUAAUGAAACGAGUGAAUCCCGACGAAAUGGUCGGUCCUUUUUCCAAUUUUGUAUAAAUGUAAAGAAUAAUCGUACGAUACGAUUAGGAGAGUUUAUUUAAUAAAUUGUAUUGUCGUAA